AGUCUAUUAGCCAAGCACCAGUAACAUGGCUUUUAAAAGUGCAAUCCUCUUAGCUGUGGUUGGGAUUUCCUAUGCCGUGGACUAUUGUGCUCUCCCUACUUGUCUGGAUAAACAUAUUGCCUGCAAUAACAAGGGAAACUUCAGUGAAAACUGUCCCAAGGAUGUGCGCAAAGUCAAGAUCGAACCACAUCACAAACUGAUCCUGACCCUCUUCAACGAGCUACGCAACAACGUGGCUGGAGGGAAAGUAGAAGGCUUACCCAAAGCAAUCCGCAUGGCCAAGAUGUCCUGGUGCGAGGAGCUAUCCCACCUGGCUCUGCUUAAUGUGUACACCUGUGAGUCCCUCCCAGACAAAUGCCGCAGCACGGAGAGAUUCGCUUACGCCGGGCAGAACAACGCCAUCUUUAGCUACAGUGGAGCUGAGACGGAGUACAGCGAUGCUGAGAUUGUGAAAGAGCAGAUUGAGAACUGGUUCGCCGAGCGCCUGAAUGCUUCUCCCGAGAUCCUAGCCAGCUUCCCGGAGGAGCUGCCCAACAAGGCUGUGGCCAAGUUCACCAUCGCCGUGGCCGAGAAGAACACCCACGUGGGAUGUGCCGCCGUGCGCUUCUCCCGGGACUUUUACAACCACUUCGUGCUGACCUGCAACUUUGCCACCUCGAAUAUCGUUGGUCAGCCCGUUUAUACUCCGGGAGAAAAGGCCGCCACCGGAUGCAGGAACCGCUAUGGCGCCGCCUUCGACUAUCCCAGUUUGUGCUACGCCAAGGAGAUCUACGACAACGAGAAGAUCAUUGAAAACGCCAUGAUGUUCUAGGAUGAGCAAGAUAUAAGAUUGUCCACAUGAUUACGAAAAGGAAGCUUUAUUAAUAUCAUUUAAGUACUUAUAUAUUAAAAUGCAGUAGAUGAAAUUGA